AUGGCAAACCAAAGAGGGUUACAUGUAGUGAUGAUCAUCACAGCUUGGUUUCUUUCUUCAGCAACUAGCAUCCAUGGCUGGGGAAUAGAAGGUCACACCAUCGUCUGUCAAAUCGCUCAGGCUAGGCUUGAUGAAACUGCAGCGAAGGCGGUGAAAGAGCUCUUACCUGCAUCAGCAGAAGGAAACUUGUCAAGCUUAUGCGUUUGGGCUGAUCGUGUCAAAUUCAGAUACCAUUGGUCUUCUCCUCUUCAUUACAUCAACACUCCUGAUACAUGCUCAUACAAUUACAACAGGGAUUGUAAAGACGAAGAUGGAGUGAAAGGAAGAUGUGUUGCAGGAGCUAUUUACAAUUACACCACACAGCUUCUUACCUAUAACACUGCAGAAGCUUCAUCUCAGUCUCAAUACAACUUAACAGAGGCACUGCUCUUCCUUUCUCAUUUCAUGGGUGAUAUCCAUCAGCCUUUACAUGUGAGUUUUGCUUCGGAUAAAGGAGGGAACACCAUAGAUGUGCAUUGGUACAGGAGAAAAGCCAACCUUCACCAUGUUUGGGACUCCAGCAUCAUUGAGACCGCUGAAGCAGAUCUCUACAACUCCGAGCUUGGAGGAAUGGUGGAUGCAAUAACAAAGAAUAUCACGACAGAAUGGGCAAGUCAAGUCAGUAGAUGGGAGAGUUGCACAAAGAAAACUGCAUGCCCAGACAUAUACGCAUCUGAAGGUAUUCAAGCAGCUUGUGACUGGGCAUACAAGGGAGUAACUGAAGGAGACACUCUAGAAGAUGAAUACUUUUAUUCUCGUCUACCGAUAGUGUAUCAACGCUUAGCACAAGGAGGUGUGAGACUAGCAGCUACUCUAAACAGGAUUUUCGGUUGA